AUGACCGUCUUCGUGCCCGUCGACUUCGGCAAUCCGCCAUCGCCCGAAGGUGCCAAGCCCUACAAGAAGAAGAUGACGGCCAAGCAGAGGAACGCGCAGGCGCAUCGUGCUCCUCCUCCGAAACUUCCACCAGCCUCAGACUACGACACCGACGCAGCGAAUUACACAGACAAUGCCGCUCAGCAGAUCGCCGUCGCGGCGUCGCCACCGGAUAGGACGAACGAAGAGCUCAACAUGCUGGUGCUGAAGCGCUGGUAUCCCGACAUUGAGCACAUCCUCGCGAUCGCACCGUUUGCCGUCAUCUACUCCUGCCAUCCGGAGACGGGCCAAUGGGACAAGUGCGACAUUCAGGGCUCGCUGUUCGUCUGCCAGAUCGCCGCUCAGCCUGGAGGCUAUCCCGGCUUCAAGGCGAUCAUUCUGAACAGACGACACAUGGAGAAUUGGGAGCUUCGGCUCGUUAGUACCGACGAUAUCGAAGUGACCAAGGAAUUCGUGAUCUGCACAGUGCUGGAGAAAGAGCAAGGAGAGAACGGAGAGGCCUACGAGACACCCAGGUUUCAUGGCAUUUGGAUGUUUCAAGACACCGAAGGCGGGAAGGAGGUGAGAGACAGAGUUGUGAAGGUCUUGCUAGAAUGCGCAGAACAGGCGGAGCAAUUCGCGCAGCUUGCAGGAGAAGAGACGGCGGAAGAGAAUGGACACGGUCAAGGAUAUGGUCAGUAUGAGUACGGCUUGGACGGGAUGCCAACGGGACAAACUUUUCAUGCGGAGCAGCAGAGAUACGAAGAGCCAGCACAGCAGCUACCACAGCAGCUACCACAGCAGGCGCCUUCAAUGGCUGGCCAGCAGAUCGAUCUGGCGACACUGUUCGGAAAGCCACAGCAGGCACAGCAGGGCCCAGUACCUCUGCCGCAGGGUUAUGGCGAGGCGCAGCCUGCGCGCUUCACGCCUUCUGCGGAUACUGACUUCUUCCGAGGCUCUCCGAAUCCGGCCUCGCAGCAGCAGCAGCAGCAGCAAGCUCCACAGCAAGCCGUGCAACAGAACGCUCUACUUGACCUGUUCAAGAAUGCGAAGAGGGGCUGA